AUGAUACAGACUCCUGCAUUUAGCCAGUCAGGUAGAAUGGAAGGAUCUGUAAAUGGUAUCCACCUGGUCAGAAGUGGUGAAAACCAGUUAUUGCUAGUACAGAUUCAGCCAUGGUGUGAACAGGACCCGAAAAUUCUUGCUCUAGCUAGUUUCUAUGAGGAUGGGGGUGAUGAAGACAUUGUGACGCUUCCUCCGCCAACUGCCAGCUCUGUGUCCAGAGGCACUGCACCCAGCGACCACCGGGUGACAUCAUUCAGAGACCUUGUUCAUGCUCAAGAAGAAGAUGAUGAAGAGGAAGAGGGACAACGGUUUUAUGCUGGGGGCUCGGAGAGAAGUGGGCAGCAGAUCGUUGGCCCUCCAAGGAAGAAAAGCCCCAAUGAGCUGGUGGAGGAUCUGUUCAAAGGCGCUAAGGAGCACGGAGCGGUGGCUGUCGAUCGGCCGGCUAAGAGCCCCGGCGAGAGCAGCAGAGCAAAACCAUUUGCAGGGGGAGGGUACCGCCUUGGAGCUGCUCCGGAGGAGGAGUCGGCCUAUGUGUCAGGAGAGAGGAGGCAGCAUUCUGCUCAGGAUGUACAUAUUGUACUGAAGCUGUGGAAGAGUGGAUUCAGCCUGGACAACGGGGAGCUGAGGAGCUACCAAGACCCAUCCAAUGCCCAGUUUCUGGAGUCUAUCCGCAGAGGGGAAGUCCCAGGCGAGCUCCGCAGGUUAGCACGUGGUGGACAAGUGAACUUGGAUAUGGAGGACCACCGUGACGAGGAUUUUGUGAAAUCCAAAGGUGCCUUCAGGGCUUUCACUGGAGAGGGGCAGAAACUGGGCAGCACUGCCCCCCAGGUGAUGGGCACCAGCUCUCCAGCACAGCAAGCAGAGAACGAAGCCAAAGCCAGUUCUUCUAUCACCAUUGAUGAGUCGGAGCCCACCACCAACAUCCAAAUCCGGCUCGCUGAUGGCGGGCGAUUGGUCCAGAAAUUUAACCACAGCCACAGCAUCCGUGACAUCCGGCUCUUCAUAGUAGAUGCCCGGCCAGCGAUGGCUGCUACCAGCUUUGUCCUCAUGACCACCUUCCCGAAUAAAGAGCUGUCUGACGAGGACCAAACCCUGAAGGAAGCCAACCUGCUCAAUGCUGUCAUCGUCCAGCGAUUAAUAUAAUGGAACCCAUCUCUCUUCACACGUCUACCUGCUGCGCGCAUGUGUCGUUCCGUCCUGUACGCGCACCUGCGCCAUGCAGCACAGUGUCACAUCUACCUGUAGCUCUGGGUUCUUAGAUCUUGGUUGGACUUUUUUCUCAUUAGUUGCAUUUCCCAUGUUUUUGUGAUGAUCAGUGGACUUUAAAAUGAAUAAACAAAACAAACCCGU